UACAGUAAAAAACAAAAACCCUCUAAUUUUGAUCGACUCGCUCACUCUUUAUGUGCUCUCUGAGCAUUUUUGGUGCUUCAAUGGUGGAUACUUCUAUAUUUAUUAUUUGUAUAAAUUUAUAUUUAUAUAGAUUUAUAUUAUAUGUAUAUAUCAACGGCGGUGUUGUAGUGUGCGUGUGAACUGAAGCGAUCAAUGACUCUUCUUCGAUCGAUCUUUUUGCUGUUUUUGGUCUGCUUUGCCUCUGAAUCGAUAGGGAAAGAAGAAGAACAAGAACAAGAAGAAGAGUUUUCAGAGGAAUUGCUGUUGAAGCCCUUGCCCGAUCGCAAAGUUUUGGCGCAUUUUCACUUCGAAAGCAGAGUUCCUCCCACAGAAACCUAUGGCAGCCAUCACCAUCUCUUCCCUAAAGCCAUCUAUCAGCUGGUCCACAAAUUUCAAGUUCGGGAAAUGGAACUGUCUUUCACACAAGGUCGUUGGAAUUACGAGCGUUGGGGAGGAUAUGACCCCAUAUCAAGCAGCAAUGCGAAACCUCCUGGAGUUGAACUGUGGGCUGUCUUUGAUGUCCCCAAACAUCAGGUUGAUGCUUCUUGGAAAAAUCUAACCCACACCCUUUCGGGUCUCUUUUGUGCUUCAAUCAACUUCCUGGAGUCACCUACUACUUAUUCUGCUCCUGAUUGGGGUUUUCGGCCCUUUUCAGGCAAUUUGAGGUAUGGUACAUUGCCCCGCGAGGCUGUUUGCACUGAGAACUUAACUCCCUGGUUGAAGUUGCUUCCUUGUAGAGACAAAGCUGGUCUUUCUACCCUAAUGGCCAGACCAUCUAUCUACAGAGGAUUUUAUCAUUCUCAGCGGCUGCGUUUGACCUCAUCUGAAUAUUAUUCCGUGGGAAUGAACUCUGGGAUUGUUCUUGAACAAACCCUUACAGUUGUUCUUCAACCAAAUACUUUGGGAAUUGGUAUGACACAUUCCAGUGGUUCAAUAUUACAACCAAGCUGGUCUAUGAGCUCACUUUUUGGAAGGGAAGUCAGUGGAAAAUGUGUUGUUGCCAAGUCCAGUAACGUGUAUGUACAGCUCGAAAAGAGUUUAGUAUCUGAACUGAGGCAUCUAUGGAAGGAAAAUGAGAGAUCUGAGACUGAGAUUCUCCCCUUUGAAGGUUCUUGGGGUAAACCAGGUUUUGUAUUUUCUGUUUCCCCAGACAAGGUUAUUAAAGAAAUGAAUAACUUGCAUAAAGAGGGUCAAUCUACUUUAUAUGAGUUUUCCAUUGAGAAUUACAGUGAUUUUAAGCCAUUUGAUUUGGGGUUUACAUGGAAAUAUCCUGUAGUUUGGUCAUGUCCACAAGCGCCUUUACAUGCUAGUAGGUUCUUAAUGGGAAGUGGAAAUGAGAGGGGUGCAAUAGCCAUUUCUUUGAAGCCUAGUAAACAUAAUGAGGGUUUCUGGGAAAAUGAUAUGGAUGAGGAGAGGUGCCGGUUGCGGGUUGAUGUUUUUCAAGUUGUGCCUUGGUACGUGAAGGUAUAUUAUCAUACACUAGAAGUGUUUGUGAAUGAUCAACCUCAAUCUGUGGCAGAUGUGGUGGAAAAGAUGCAUGUUUCACCUUCUGAAGACAAGGUAUCGCCGGGAGUAAUGGAAAUGGUCCUGAAAUUACCCUGUACUGUGAAGUCUGCUGCAUUAACUCUAGAGUUUGAUAAGGGUUUUUUGCACAUUGAUGAAUAUCCCCCAGAUGCUAACCAGGGAUUCGACAUUCCAUCAGCCAUAAUAAGCUUUCCAGACUUCCAAUCAAGUUUACAUUUUCUUGAAGAUGUCUCUUUUACCAAUUCCCCCAUGUUACGGAAAUUGCAGGAAAGAAGUCCUGUCUUGUCUUAUACAGAAGUAUUACUCGUGCCUUUGACGACUCCUGAUUUUAGUAUGCCUUACAAUGUCAUUACGAUUACGUGCACAGUGUUUGCUUUAUAUCUUGGAUCACUGCUCAAUGCACUACGAAGACGUGUUGGUGAGGAAGAAAGACUUCUGAAAAGCAAAGCUGCCAAGAAGACUGGUCUGCUUUCCUUGCUGCUAUCCAAAUUGAGACGCAGACCACGGGAACCGCCCCAAACACCAUCACCAUCACCAUCGUCUUCGUCAUCCUUGAUAAGUUCUAAAUUGAUACUGAAAGUCGUAUUAGUGGCAGCCUUUGCUGCUGGUUGGCAGUAUUAUUAUGGAUGACCCCCCAGAGCAAACACACAAGGCACGCCCUUUGUACAAUAUGUGUUGAAAGAAUUAAAUUUAGGGAUUUUGGAGAAGAUUUCUUUUGUUAAACAGUAUUCUUUUGGUUUGUAUCCAUUUGUUGUAUCAUUUCUGAGUUACUAAUCAAUUACGUAUGCUGAAUUUCAUCACUGUCAAUUGGUCAUCAUAUCUAAUGCAAGUUCAAGAUAGAAACUUUCUUACUC